ACUAAUAAUUAUAAAAUACAAAAAAAUAGUUUUUUUUCCUUCUUUUCUCUCCGACCUCAUAAAAAUUUCAUACGCUCCGCUCUCCACUUCCUAAGCCCUUACCCCUCAAAACCCUAACUCUAUCCCCUUUCUUACAAUUCCGUCCCAAAUAUCGAUCAAAAAUCUCGUGGGGAGAAGCCGAUAGCCAUGAACGUUGCUGAUUCUAGGGACCAAGCCCUUUCUCUGCUCACUGCCGCGCUCAACCACUCUGAUUUGGCGGUGAAGCUUUCGUCUCUUAAACAGGCCAAGGACAUUCUUUCCUCUCUCGAUUCUUCUUCCGCCGCCGAACUCUUCCCCUACCUUUCCGACCUCCAGCGUUCUCCUCAUAGCCUCGUUAGGGGAUUUCUUGUCGAGAUAAUUGAAGAUAUUGGAUUAAAAUCAAUAGAGCAUUCGACUGUACUUGUACCGGUUUUAGUAACGUUUUUGAGGGAUGUUGACUCCAAUGUUGUGAAACAAUCCAUUGUUUGUGGCAUAAAUUUCUUCUGCAGUGUUUUGGAAGAACUGACAUUACAGUUUCAGCAGCACGGUAAAGUUGAUCAGUGGCUUCAAGAACUAUGGAUGUGGAUGGUUAGAUUCAAGGAAGGUGUGUUUUCCAUUGCAUUGCAGCCUGGUCCAGUUGGGAUAAAGUUGCUGGCUCUGAAAUUUUUGGAGAUGCAUGUCUUACUUUUUACAUCUGACAACGUUAACUCUGAAAAAUACAUUGAAGCUACCAGAGGAAGUAGACGGACUUUUAAUAUAUCAUGGCUAAGUGGGGGUCAUCCUAUUUUGGAUCCAGUUGCUGUAACAUCAGAUGCAAACAGGACACUUUAUAUUUUACUUGACAUGUUGCAAUCAGCCAGUAGUCUCCCUGGGUCUGUAACAAUCACUGUUGUCAAUUGUCUUGCUGCCAUAGCAAGAAGGAGACCCCUCCACUAUGGCACUGUUCUUUCUGCACUGCUCGAUUUUAAUCCAAACUUUGACAUGGUGAGGGAAUGCCAUAAAGCUAGUAUUCAAUACUCCCUGAGAACUGCGUUUUUGGGAUUCCUGAGGUGUACUAAUCCAGCUAUUGUAGAGUCUAGGGACAGAUUGCUUAGAGCUCUACGAGCAAUGAACGCAGGGGAUGCUGCUGAUCAAGUCAUCAGACAGGUUGAGAAGAUGAUAAAAAAUAGUGAGCGGGCUUCAAGGGAAAUUCAGUCUGUCAGGGAUGAUCAAGCAUCAAGCCAAGCAUAUGUUUUAGGGGAUGUGUCAAAGAAAAGAUCUAUGCCUCAGGAUAAUGAAGAACCAAUACAUAAUUUUGAGAUGGCGUCAAAGCGUAUUCGCUCUGGACCCAAUUCCCACUCAAUGCCACCCACUCAAAUAAAUGAUUCUGGGCAAGAUUUUUCUUCUGUCAAUGGAGGAUCUCCCAGUUUUCCUCUUUCAGAUGAUAAUUUAACUCCUGUUGAGCAAAUGAUAGCAAUGAUUGGUGCUUUACUUGCUGAAGGAGAAAGAGGUGCUGAAUCUCUUGAGAUUCUUAUUUCAAAAAUUCAUCCUGACCUGCUGGCAGAUAUUGUCAUCACAAAUAUGAGGCACUUGCCUAAAAGUCCUCCUUCAUUAACAAAGGUCGGGACAUUGCCUACAACUCAGCAAGCUGUACAUGUAAAUAGUCGGGCCCAAGUUCUGCCACCUCCUGCUUCAACAAAUUCCUUGCACACACCUGUUUCAACACCACAGUUGCCCUUUACUUCAGCUGCUACAAUCAGUUCAUCAAUAUCCGAUACAUCUGCUGUCAACAAUUUUGCUGCAGAUUCUAAACGCGACCCAAGAAGGGAUCCUCGUCGUCUAGAUCCACGACGGGCUGCUGUUUCUGUUGGAAUGUCAUGCUCACCUGUUCUGGAGGGCACUGGUGCUGCAAUGCCUGACUUUGAUUGUUCUAUUUCUAGUAAGCCUCUUUCAGUUCCAGCUGUUGAGAACCCUUCUUUGCGCCCGAUGUCUAACAUUCAAAGCAAUGAUAACACAAUAGAAGGUCCAUCAAUUACUAGUGUUGAGCAACCAGCUCCUGAAGGGGAUGUUGUGGGUGGUGCGGAAGACAUUGUUAACAUUCUAGAAGUCAAGACUUCCUCCAAUCAUGCAGUUUCUCCUUAUGUGGUUGAUGUAGAUUCAACUGAAAUGAAGGCAGACGUUGAAAUUAAACAUGAGACUGAAGAAUCAUCUUUUCCAGAGUCUGAUCAGAAUUUCCAGGCUUCUAUUACUGUAUUUUCUUUAGAUGAGACUGGUCGGGAUUUACCUGUGCCACCUCCAUAUGUUGAGCUAACUGAGGAGCUGGAAAGAAGUGUGAUAAAAUCAGCAGUUCAACAGAUCGCUGAGUCAUACCUGCAUCUUCAUUGGUCAGAUUGUAAUGAAAUGCGCAUGGCGUUACUUGCGCGGCUUGUUGGUCAGAUUGAUGCUGAUGAUGACAUUUUUGUCAUGUUGGGAAAACAAAUUGUUGUGGAUUACCGACAACAAAAGGGUCACGACAUUGUAUUGCAAGUUCUCUACCAUCUAUAUUCUCUCACAGUUUCAGAUUCACUUGACAACUCUUCAUAUUCUGCUGUUCUUUAUGAAAAAUUCCUCCUGGCAGUGUCCAAAUCUUUGCUGGACACACUUCCAGCCUCAGACAAGUCAUUUAGUAGGCUUCUUGGUGAAGUUCCGUUUCUGCCUGACUCAGCCUUGAAACUUUUAGAUGAUCUCUGCUCUUCUGAUGUGUUUGAUGUUGCUGGGAAAGAGGUUCGUGACGCUGAGCGUGUGACACAGGGCCUAGGUGUGGUGUGGAGUUUAAUUUUGGGACGUCCAAAUAAUCGGCAAGCCUGCUUAGGUAUAGCAUUGAAGUGUGCUGUUCAUUCUCAAGAUGACAUUCGUGGGAAAGCUAUCCGGCUGGUAGCAAACAAACUUUAUCAGCUGAGCUACAUUUCAAGGGAAAUUGAGCAAUUUGCAACAAAUAUGUUGCUGUCUGCUGUAGAUCAGAGAACGGCAGGUGCAGAGUCUUUGAAGUCUGGGUCUAUUGAUGAAAGAGGCGACAAGGAGGUUGGAAGUGGGGACACAUCUACUAGUGGCUCUCUACUUUCAGAGCCCCGAACUUCUGGAAUUGACUCCUCCAAUGCAGAAUCAACAAGUAAUAGUGCUUCAGUAGUGUCAUUUCCUGAAGCCCAAAGACUCAUUUCUCUGUUUUUUGCCUUAUGCACUAAGAAGCCUAGUCUUCUUCAACUCUCAUUUGAUAUUUAUGGGCGAGCGCCAAAAAUUGUAAAGCAGGCUUUUCAUCGCCAUAUACCUAUUGUAAUAAGAGCCUUAGGUCAGUCUGAUUCUCAGUUGCUUCAAAUAAUAUCCGACCCACCCCCAGGAAGUGAAAAUCUUUUGACACUGGUGCUGCAAAUACUGACCCAAGAGACAACUCCUUCUCCUGAUUUAGUUGCCACUGUGAAGCAUUUAUAUGAGACUAAGCUGAAGGAUGCUACCAUCCUUAUUCCAAUGUUAUCUUCACUUUCCAAGAACGAGGUGUUACCUAUUUUCCCUCGGCUUGUUGACCUUCCACUGGAAAAGUUCCAGCUUGCGCUUGCUCACAUAUUGCAGGGUUCAGCUCACACUGGUCCUGCCUUGACUCCUGCCGAAGUGUUGGUAGCCAUCCAUGACAUCGCUCCUGAUAAAGGUGGUCCUCCACUGAAAAAGAUAACAGAUGCUUGCUCAGCUUGUUUUGAGCAGCGCACGGUUUUCACACAGCAGGUCUUAGCAAAGGCCUUGAAUCAGAUGGUUGAUCAGAUCCCUCUUCCGUUACUUUUCAUGAGAACAGUUAUUCAGGCAAUUGAUGCUUUUCCUACCCUGGUUGAUUUUGUCAUGGAAAUCCUAUCCAAACUUGUGAGUAAACAGAUCUGGAGAAUGCCGAAAUUGUGGGUUGGAUUCUUGAAGUGUGUGGUUCAGACACAACCUCAUUCCUUUCCUGUUUUAUUACAGUUGCCUCCGCCACAGCUUGAAAGUACACUGAAUAAAUAUGGUAGUCUCAGAAGUUCCCUUGCUGCUUAUGCAAGCCAGCCAACUAUAAAAGGUUCACUGCCUAGAGCAACGCUUGCGGUUCUCGGUCUUGCAAAUGAGUCGCAUAUGCAGCAGCAGCAACCACAUCUGUCAAACUUGCAUUCUUCGGACACUUCUUCAGUUCAGGGGGCAACAUCAACAUAAGAAUUCAAAGACGGCUGUAAUGCUUGUAGAAAUUGAGCAGCAGGUGGAUGCCAAGAGUGUCACCAUGCAAGGGAUUUGGUACAGUUGAGGGAGGAUCGAAAGAAUGAAGGUUGCAUGUCAAUCGAGUAUGAGAAGGUGGUGGUAAAAUAAGAAAAUGAAGAAGGGGUGAGCAAUGAAGAGGAUGGGUCGGUUGCCUCCAGAUUGUACCAUAACACCACCAUAAUUGCCUUCACAAUUUUCCCCUUUGAGAGUAGCUUUAAAUUUUUUGUUAUAUGUAAAUUUAAUGUGUAUUAUUAUUAUAUAUAACAAGGGUUCCCUUGUUUUGCCCUAGGGAUCCACACUAUUUCAAUGUGGACUUUAAAGGGAAAUGAAAAUUGAAUGUCAGCCUCAGAAUGCUUUAAA